CAUUUUCAAUGCAUAAUUCCGCAUUUCUCUUCACAGUUAUGGAACACAAACUUCAUAAACUCUAUCAAGGAAAUGUUCAUGUCUUAGAAUCCAUUCAAUACUUUCAAUUAAAAAAUAUCAAAACCAUCAUUGUCGUUGGAUAACAUAAUUACAAACUAUUCACACAUUUUGUCACCUAUUAUGUAUUUUCUAUUUUCUUAUUCAGAAAGUUGAUGAAAAUUUAACAGAUAUCAUUCAAACCUUUGAUAGAAUUACAACUAUCAUUUCCAAAGAAAUUAAUCAUUCUUCUGUUUUAGUAUGUUGUGCAAAUGGACUCAAUUGGAGUGCAGCUAUUAUUAUUGCCUACUUUAUUAAAUUUAAAUAAUGGCAAUAUGAAAAAGCUUUCUAUCAUCUUAAAUCACUUAAGAAUCUUGUGAAUCCUUCUUUACCACUCAAAAAAUAACUCAUAUUAUUCAAUACUAAGAUUCAUAACCAAAAAUAAGAUAAUCAAGAAAACAAUCUUAAUUAUCAUAAUCUAAUACCCCCCUCUAAAUUCUAAUAACGAAUCAUUGAAUAGAAUCUUAAAUAAUAAUAUCUAGAAGAUUCUAUUCAUUCUGAAGAUGAAAUCUAAUCACCUGGCUCUUGUCAAGGAGGAUAAACACCUAUUUUUUUUUCUCCCAAUAAAUAGGGUAUUAUCCAAAGACAAAAGCAUACCCCACAUCAUAAAAGCCCUCUAAAAAGGACUGGCAGGCACAUCAGGAAUUACACUUUCUAAAUUGAUGAUGCUAUCACAAAGCAACUUUAAAACAAUGAUAACAAAGUACAAAGUUCUCCUUAAUUCAAAAACGAACAUGAAUAAUUAAAUCUUACUCAAAGAAAAAGUAGAAUCAUUCAUAGAACUAAAAGUGCAAUGAACUAAAAAUGA